AUGAAGCUCACGCACAACCACAGCGUCGACCGCAAGGCCAUCGACGUCAAGCUUCGCCUCGCAUCAAAACUAACGGAGGAGCAGCUGGGUCAAGUGAAACAGAUGACAACCUUUCAUGGACGAGUUCAGGUAGGUGCCAAGAUGUAA